CGGUCUUUUUGGUGCGGCACACCAGAAGACACCAAUGAGUGGCCAGCGACUGCUGUAAAAUCUCACCGGGACGCUGACGACGUUUAUCUUUAGCUGAAAAUGUGUUUCACUACGUCCUUCUUGUAUUUUCUUCUUGAGCAAGGCUGAGACAACUGAUAUUCGUCUCUCAAAUCCUCCUGAUUAGCCAGAUAUUUCAGUUGACUGUAUCCUUGUAAGUAUGACUGACUCAGAUGUCACAGAAUAGGCAUUUUGAUUUGUAUUUCUCAAGUUGUUCAAUUCCUUGAAAUGUCUCUCAUUGCCCCGUUUUUUUGAGCUGACAGACACCAAGUCAAUGAUUUUGGUAUAAGCUUUUACUUAUUUGCCGCGGCAAAUAUAUACCCAACAUGAAAGGUCUUCCAAGUUUAUCGUUGUUUUUCUGGAAUCAGAGAGGAUUCUCGUUUGAGGUUGAGGGUGCUUGUAAGAGCCUGGGCAAAGAGUAUAUUGUUAGAUGUGGUGUAGACUUCAAUGGCACGGGGUAUCUCAAGUCAAUAGGUCCUACUCCCAGACGAGGUAAAUUUCAGCCCGAUCCGGAUGUCGCGGGCGUCGGAGUAAGUCCAAAUUUCUUCUCAACUCUCACCUCACCAAAAUUUGGAGUGGUUCUAACUGCCAGCGUAGAUCAUCUCCUCCAUGAUCGCACAAGCAAUAGCCGUCUGUCUCCUCGCACUCUGGACCCUCUAUCUAAAAAAACGCAACAGCAAAAUCUGGCUAGAAUUCUUCACAGGCUUUCUCUUUUCCGUCUCAGAUAUGUCGUCGAUCCUCUCACUCGCCUACAUCAUCAACUUCAUGCUCACCGGGAAAUGCAAGAUGUCGACGUACCACUACUACAUAGUCCUAGACACCGUUCUACUAGCCUGUUCCACCAUAGCCCUAACCUUCCAUAGCUGCCGCCACGUAUUCUUCUCCACCCGCGGCUGGAUCCUCCGCGUCCCUGUCGCCCUACUGAUCUUCUGCCUUCUUGGGAUCUUCCUCUCUUACCAAUUCUUCGUUCAUACCAAAAACAAUUUUCCCGAAUGGGUGCCACCUGUUGGUCGCAACGAUAGCGGGUUACUCUUACCUGUCUCCUGCUUCUUUGAUAUUGACCUGAUGAACGGAAAGGAAAACCCGUUCUCACCACAUCGACAAAUUAAGAAGCCUGGGAAGCCUGGGGAGAAAAAGAGUAAACCUGUUUAUGUACACGAACCUCUGACUGAGACCCAACUAGACCGUCUCGGGCAUCCAAUCCAGAACUACAAAAUCCCCCAUUUCUACCUCUACGGUCUCCUAACACUCUCCCUAAUCCUCGCUAUCAUCUUCAAUAUCUGGCAGCAUUUCGUCGUAGACAGAAGAGCAAGAGCCUCUAAAACCACACCCAAAGAACGAAGGGGACUAGGACGUUACGCAAGAUGGGCUUUCCGCUCUCUUGUCUAUGGAAUCUCGAUACUUUGCACGAUUUUCUGUACGGUGCAUAUGCUGAAGCUGCGAUCGUGGGCUGAACACUCGGGGUGGUUGAUUGAUGAAAGUGAGUCUAGAUGGUAUUCGCUGGGGCAGCUUUUACCUCCUAUGGCGCUUGGUAUUUCGCUGUUUAUGUUGUUGGAUAGUUGGGGGGAGAAGAGGAGGCGUGUUAAAGGCGCUGGCUUGAAUUUGAGUCAGAAGGGGGAAUAG